CCCUCGCCCGCGUCGCCUCCUGCAGCGCGAGUGUGUCUGCCGAGCUCAGUGUGCGAAGAGAUCGGGUCCGAGCGUGCUCGGAGCAGGCAGUCUGUGAACUCGCGCCGCCGCCGCCAGCCGCAGCUUCCGCGAGCAGCGCCGCGGCGGAACCGGGCGCACGAGAGCUGCCUGGCCCCGCCAACCCCGCCAGCCCAGCCGACUCCCUCCUCCCCACGCCGGGGCAGCCGCCGCCGCCGCCGCCGCCGCCGCCGCCGCCCGGAGAGAAGGUGGAGGAAGCAACCCAGCCCCUAGCACGCGCGCUCCAUCAUGGACCAUUAUGAUUCUCAGCAAACCAACGACUACAUGCAGCCCGAAGAGGACUGGGACCGGGACCUGCUCCUGGACCCGGCCUGGGAGAAGCAGCAAAGAAAGACCUUUACUGCAUGGUGCAACUCCCACCUCCGGAAGGCAGGGACACAGAUUGAGAACAUCGAGGAGGACUUCCGAGACGGCCUGAAGCUCAUGCUGCUGCUAGAAGUCAUCUCAGGUGAACGCUUGGCCAAGCCGGAGAGAGGCAAGAUGCGAGUGCACAAGAUCUCCAACGUGAACAAGGCAUUGGAUUUCAUAGCCAGCAAAGGGGUCAAACUGGUGUCCAUUGGAGCCGAAGAAAUUGUGGAUGGGAAUGUGAAAAUGACCCUGGGCAUGAUCUGGACCAUCAUCCUUCGCUUUGCCAUCCAGGACAUCUCUGUGGAAGAGACCUCUGCCAAGGAAGGGCUGCUCCUGUGGUGUCAGAGGAAGACAGCCCCUUACAAAAACGUCAACAUCCAGAACUUCCACAUCAGUUGGAAGGACGGCCUCGGCUUCUGUGCCUUGAUACACCGACACCGGCCUGAGCUUAUCGACUAUGGCAAGCUGCGGAAGGACGAUCCACUCACAAACCUGAACACAGCCUUCGAUGUGGCAGAGAAGUACCUGGAUAUCCCUAAGAUGCUGGAUGCUGAAGACAUCGUUGGAACUGCCCGGCCCGAUGAGAAAGCCAUCAUGACUUAUGUGUCCAGCUUCUAUCACGCCUUCUCUGGAGCCCAGAAGGCGGAAACAGCAGCAAAUCGCAUCUGCAAGGUGUUGGCCGUCAACCAGGAGAACGAGCAACUUAUGGAAGACUAUGAGAAGCUGGCCAGCGAUCUGUUGGAGUGGAUCCGCCGCACCAUCCCGUGGCUGGAGAACCGGGCGCCUGAGAACACCAUGCACGCCAUGCAGCAGAAGCUGGAGGACUUCCGAGACUACCGGCGCCUGCACAAGCCACCCAAGGUGCAGGAGAAGUGCCAGCUGGAGAUCAACUUCAACACGCUGCAGACCAAGCUUCGGCUCAGCAACCGGCCCGCCUUCAUGCCAUCAGAGGGCAGGAUGGUCUCGGAUAUCAACAAUGCUUGGGGCUGCCUGGAGCAGGCGGAGAAGGGCUACGAGGAGUGGCUGUUGAAUGAGAUCCGGAGGCUGGAGCGGCUUGACCACCUGGCAGAGAAGUUCCGGCAGAAGGCCUCCAUCCACGAGGCCUGGACGGACGGCAAAGAGGCCAUGUUACGGCAGAAGGACUACGAGACGGCCACCCUGUCAGAGAUCAAGGCCCUGCUCAAGAAGCAUGAGGCCUUUGAGAGCGACCUGGCCGCCCACCAGGACCGAGUGGAGCAGAUCGCAGCCAUCGCACAGGAGCUCAAUGAGCUGGACUAUUACGACUCUCCCAGUGUCAAUGCUCGUUGCCAAAAGAUCUGUGACCAGUGGGACAAUCUGGGGGCCCUAACUCAGAAGCGGAGGGAAGCUCUGGAGCGGACAGAGAAGCUGCUGGAGACCAUUGACCAGCUGUACUUGGAGUACGCCAAGCGGGCUGCACCCUUCAACAACUGGAUGGAGGGGGCCAUGGAGGACCUGCAGGACACCUUCAUCGUGCACACCAUUGAGGAGAUCCAGGGGCUGACCACAGCCCACGAGCAGUUCAAGGCCACCCUCCCUGAUGCGGACAAGGAGCGCUUGGCCAUCUUGGGCAUCCACAAUGAGGUGUCCAAGAUUGUCCAGACCUACCACGUCAACAUGGCGGGCACCAACCCCUACACAACCAUCACUCCUCAGGAGAUCAACGGCAAAUGGGACCACGUUCGACAGCUGGUGCCACGGAGGGACCAGGCUCUGACAGAGGAGCAUGCCCGUCAGCAGCACAAUGAGAGGCUCCGCAAGCAGUUCGCAGCCCAGGCCAACGUCAUUGGGCCCUGGAUCCAGACCAAGAUGGAGGAGAUCGGGAGGAUCUCCAUUGAGAUGCACGGGACCCUGGAGGACCAGCUCAACCACCUGCGGCAGUAUGAGAAGAGCAUCGUCAACUACAAGCCAAAGAUCGACCAGCUAGAGGGCGACCACCAGCUCAUCCAGGAGGCGCUCAUCUUUGACAACAAGCAUACCAACUACACCAUGGAGCACAUCCGUGUGGGCUGGGAGCAGCUGCUCACCACCAUUGCCAGGACCAUCAACGAGGUGGAGAACCAGAUCCUGACCCGGGAUGCCAAGGGCAUCAGCCAGGAGCAGAUGAACGAGUUCCGGGCCUCCUUCAACCACUUCGACCGGGACCACUCCGGCACGCUGGGUCCCGAGGAAUUCAAAGCCUGCCUCAUCAGCUUGGGCUAUGAUAUUGGCAACGACCCCCAGAAGAAGACAGGCAUGAUGGACACGGAUGAUUUCCGGGCCUGCCUUAUCUCCAUGGGUUACAACAUGGGAGAGGCAGAAUUUGCCCGAAUCAUGAGCAUUGUGGACCCAAACCGCCUGGGGGUAGUGACAUUCCAGGCCUUCAUUGACUUCAUGUCCCGAGAGACGGCUGACACAGAUACAGCAGACCAGGUCAUGGCUUCCUUCAAGAUCCUGGCUGGAGACAAGAACUACAUCACGGUGGACGAACUACGCCGGGAGCUGCCCCCCGACCAGGCCGAGUACUGCAUCGCGCGCAUGGCCCCGUACGCCGGCCCCGACUCGGUGCCCGGUGCUCUGGACUAUAUGUCCUUCUCCACGGCGCUGUACGGCGAGAGUGACCUCUAACCCACCGAGCCCCUCCGCCCCGCGCCGCCCCGCCACUGUCCCGUUCUCCCGCCGGGUUCGGUUUCCGCGCUCAGCCUCGGCCGCGGGUGCGCUGGGCCCUAUGGCCUCGAGCCCCCCUGCCCGCGAAGUGACAGUUUACAAGAUUAUUUUCUGCAAAAAAGAAAAAAAAAAGUUACGUUAAAAAGUAAAAAAAACAAAAAAACUACAUAUUUUAUUAUAGAAAAAGUAUUUUUUUCUCCACCAGACGUAAAUGGAAAAGAGGAAAAAUUAACUAUUUGCACCGAAAUGUUUUUGUUUUAUUGUGACAUAGGAAAAUAACCAAGCACAAAGUUAUAUUCCAGUCUUUUUACUGAUUUUUUUCUUCGAUCUGUUCCAUCUGCUGUAUUCAUUCUCCGAUCUCAUGUCCACCCGGUUGGGGUGGGGGUAGGGGUUACUCUCGUCGGAAGGCACAUUGGUGCAUGUGUGUUUGCUAGCUCACUUGUCCAUGAAAAUAUUUUAUGAUAUUAAAGAAAAUCUUUUGAAACGGCUAUUUUAAAGGAAGAUAAUUUAUGUGGCUUCCCGUUUUUAAGUCUCUAGAGGUGUGGCUAGCAUCUUUAUCAGUGCAAACUUUAAGAAACACACUGCCUAUUAAAAGUAGGACCAACGUGGAGAUUAUGGAGAAGUUUGAUAUUGCUUGGCACAGAUCACAUUAAAACAACGCUACCACGACA